CGGCGCCUGGCCCAGUGCGGCCGCCGUAGAGUCCUCGUUGCCAUGGCUCCCGAGGCCCGCUGUGGACGCGCGGAGGCGUGACUGAGAAGUGUGUACGGAGUCCUAAGAGUCCGAGCUUCUUCCCGGGCCCGCGAACCCGAGAGGCGCCAUGGGCCGGAUCACAGAAGAUCUUAUUAGACGGAACUCCGAGCACAAUGACUGUGUCAUUUUUUCCCUGGAGGAGCUCUCCUUGCAUCAGCAAGAAAUAGAAAGACUAGAGCAUAUUGACAAAUGGUGCCGGGACUUAAAAAUCCUCUAUCUUCAAAAUAAUCUCAUUGGAAAAAUUGAAAAUGUUAGCAAACUCAAGAAACUUGAAUAUUUGAACUUAGCUUUAAACAACAUUGAAAAAAUUGAAAAUUUGGAAGGAUGUGAAGGGCUGACAAAACUCGACCUGACCGUAAACUUCAUUGGAGAGCUGAGCAGCGUUAAAACGCUUGGACACAAUAUCCACCUGAAGGAGCUCUUUCUCAUGGGUAACCCGUGUGCUGACUUUGACGGCUACAGGCAGUUCGUGGUGGCCACACUACAGCAGUUAAAGUGGUUGGACGGUAAAGAAAUCGAGCGUUCAGAAAGGAUUCAGGCCUUGCAGAACUUUCCAGUAAUUGAACAACAAAUCAGAGAGCAAGAGGAAGCUUACUGCCUCAAACGGGCCAAAGACAAGGAAGAGGCUCAGAGGAAACUUCGAGAAGAGGAUGAAAAUGAGGCCAAGGAGAGAAGGCACUCAGUCUUCGAGGGACAGAGCCCGUUUUCAGUAGAGCACAAAGACCAUGUCCAGGAAGGACAAGAAGGGGAAUACAACCAAAAGAGAUUCAAGGACAAUGAGGAUGACCUGGAAUUCUGGAACAAGCCCUCUUUGUUUACUCCUGAAUCUAGAUUGGAAACACUUAGGCAUAUGGAAAAACAACGGAAAGACCAAGAAAAAUUAAGUGGAAAGAAGAAGAAAGUGAAACCACCCAGGAUUUUGAUCACUGAAGAUGGAAAAGUGUUGAAUGUGAAUGACCCCAAACUUGACUUCUCCUUGAAAGAUGAUGAAAAACGUAACCAGAUCAUCCUGGACCUUGCUGUCUAUAGGUAUAUGGACACCUCUUUAAUCGAUGUAGAUGUGCAACCAACUUACGUACGGGUCAUGGUCAAAGGGAAGCCAUUUCAGCUUGUUCUUCCUGCCGAAGUGAAGCCGGACAGCAGCUCUGCUAAGCGAUCUCAGACGACAGGGCAUCUGGUGAUCUGCAUGCCCAAGGUAGACGAAGUCAUCACAGGUUGGCGACAAACGUCAGAGUCUGGGACGAGUCCCUCGGACAGCAGCAGAGAGCACACAAACCAAAGAAGCAAGCGAAUUGAGAAAUUAGAAGUAGAUCCUAGCAAGCGUUCCUUCCCUGAUGUGGCUAACAUAGUUCAAGAGAAAAACCCCACGCCCCGAAGAGUUCGAUCUGAACCCAAAAUUAUACCAAGUGAGGAAGAUCCAGACUUUGAAGAUAACCCUGAAGUGCCCCCGUUGAUCUGAAACAUCAGGCCAGGUGGACGGACCCACCCGAUCCCGUUUUCCUCAGUGCACAGUGUGUAGUAUGCCACGUUUGGGGUAAACACAGAGUUAUUUGUCACCAUCACUACUCCAGUGUCUCACUUCUACUUUAUGCAGUAAUAUUCUUACACCAGUUUGACGUUCAAGUGCAUACCUUAACAUGCUACAGCUCAUUUGCCUAUAAUAAAAUGUUGGCUAGGGCAAACGUUCAGUAAAUCAUAGCACUCUUACAUUAAGACGCUGAUUUUUAAUCACAGAACUGCUUGCUAAUGCAGAGAGACGAAGUCGGAGAUAAAAGGACUGAUUGUUAAAUCGGUGCUUCAGCAAAUUGGUCAAGCUCAGAAGUUAAAACUGUAAUUUCAGAUCAAAUCGGAAUGCUCUAAUGUGAUUUUAGCGGUGUUUCAA